UUUUUUUUUAAAUCGUGACGAAGAAAUAUAAGGCGCAGAAGAAGAAGAAGAAGAAGCUGAAGAGCCACAAAUGGCGCUGGUGUUGCUGCCCUGCGACUUGCCCACAUGGGCGGCGGUACAAAAACACUUGAGCCAAUUGCGCGCCGCACGAUCAGAGCCUCAGGUCAUCGACUGCUUGACCAAAAUCCACCAACUCUGCUGUGUGAGUCUUGACCCUGAUGAGGAUGAGUCAGAGGCCCACAGUUUCGCCAUGUUGCAAACAUACUUGUCAUCUUUGGGAGAUGCAGAACAGGCAGAGUUCUAUGACACUACAUUGCCAACCAUUGUGGACUAUGCAAUGAAGCUCAAGACAUUGAAGCCUACUGAGCGCAGUUUGUGCUACAGUUUACAACAGCAAUCUCAUGCUAGAAUUGAUCAACAAAUUAAGCUGCGGUGUUUUUUCCGGUACUUCAAUCGUAUCAAGGAAAACCCUCCGACUGGGGAAAUAUCCAUCACUAGGAGGGACGAUUUUCUCGUGCUUUCCUCAUCUGGGUUCUUUCCAAUUGAUCAACAAAUUAAGCUGCGGUGUUUUUUCCGGUACUUCAAUCGCAUCAAGGAAAACCCUCCGACUGGGGAAAUAUCCAUCACUAGGAGGGUGAUGCCUGCCAGAGACCACAUGCGGAUCGAGGACUGGGCAGAGUGCCGACAACGUCUGUGUCCAGUUGUUCUGGUACCUGGCAAUAAUGAAAAUAAUAACGGAGUUUGCAGCAAGUCUGCCACAGAUGGCGUUCGCGUCACGCGGUGCGUGUCUGCCAAUGCGGCUGUGGGUGCUGGACUCCUGAGUUGCGCCUCAGCGCCAUCUACGUCCAGCAAGCAUCGCACCCAUGACAAGUUCUCUCAGGAUGAAGUGACAACAAUGAUCACCAGACCCGAGUUAAUGGUGACAAUGUGUUGUGUGGAGGCCCUGGAAGACAACGAAUCCCUGACGGUCGACGGCACUCGACAGUUCUCCGACAUCCGUGUCACUGUCUCACCAACUUCCGAAGAUCUAACCGGAUCCCGGAAGGUGGAAGAUGUGGACAGCACAGAAUGCAAACUGUGUCUGAUUGAUGCAGAAGACUUCAGUGAGUGCCCAGUGAGCCAGUUUGAAGAGAUCUGGAUCCUCAGAGAACUGAACAAGGCAGUGAUUGGUUUUGAUUCCCCUGAUGAGAAUGUCAGGUUGUCUCCUCUGGGGGAAUCCAGGUCUGGGUCCCCAGAGUCCUACAAAACCCAGAUGAGACAAAGCACCAAUAAGUUGACCAGGAAUGGAGACAGUUCCAUUUCACAGCAGAAAUUGGAACUCAGGAUGACCAGCAGAAAGGCAGUGAGCAGACUGCAAGACCUUGCACCAACUAUGACCACAUCCAUGGACACAGAAACUGCUGCUUGCUUGGCAAAACUUGAACAAGAGGACCAAACUGUGGACAGUCUGUCCAGCAUCAGGUCUUUGUCACCAAAAAUUAGCAUGGAAAAAGUGCAAACCAGCAAGCAUACUGAAAGGACUUACAGCACUGAAUCCAAUUAUUUGACAUGUUGUGAGGACAGUGAAGAGUUCUUGAGUGCUGGCAGCAGUAUUGACAAUGCUGGUGAAAUUGACAAGGAUGCAGGGGAUGAUGAUGAAGGACUUGCUGCAUUCAAACUCCUGCAGGGCAGAACUUCUAGAAGAGGAACUUUUGCAGAGAGACUCAGGGAAGCUUUGGAAAGGCAAACUGAAGAGGAGAACAAGUUGCCAGAUGAUGACCAACCCAUAUUGCCCCUGGAUCCUCCAGUGGAUGAAGAGGUAGCAGAUAUCAUCCAAGACAGGCGCCAGUGGCUGGAAUCAAAAACUACAGAAAGCAGUAUUUGCAACAAUCACUCAUCCUUGUCAAGAGGCAACAGCUCAAGAUACAGCUUCAGUUCAGAAUAUGGCUCAGAUGUGGACGAGAUGUGCAACAAGUUCAGUCACUGGUUCAGUCCACCGCAAGAUGGCGCUGACAAGAGGCAGCUCCUGGUGUCUCAGUUUGCGCAAAAGCUGCUCAUCAGGACACUCAGUGAUUCUUUUGCUUCAAUUUGUUCAGCUGACAAUAACGCCAAGAUUUACUCAACAAUGAACAGACGUCCAAAGGUAGAAGGCAAGAGCCAAAGUGUGCCAUCUACAACCCCUGCUGCAGCUCCUACCACCAGCAUCAACAAAAGCAAUGCAGCAAACUGCUCAAGAAGACUUGGGAAUGUUUUGUGUCCUGAUGGGGAGGUUAUCAAAAAAGGUCACCAACACCAAGAGUUAUCCAUUGUCUUAUUGCCACUGAAAAACCACCACAACCCAAAAAAGAGCCCAAGAACAGCAGGACACAGAGCCCAGCAGCAAACCCUCCUGCAUGCUUCUGCUGCUGUAUCCCCAAAGACAGAAGAACCCAUCACUUCUUCACCUCCAGCUGUUGCUAAUCUGAACCCAGAUGUCCUAGAGGGGUUCAGCUACACCCUAGCAGAGACCCUGGUGGAGACUGUCCUGAGAGAAAUGGUCAUCAGCAGAAGGGCAUCCUUGCCAGCUCUGCCAAGCAAACCCUUGCGCAAGGGCAUCCUCAAGAAUCGCAGCAAAAGUUAUUGGCACAUUGGUGCAUCAGAACCUUCAUCAUCAGAGAGUGAUGGUCUGAUGAAACAGCCACUGGCCAGGCUCUUGGCAGAAUCUAGUCUCCUGCAGCGCAGUUCUAGUUGGCAUCAGCUUUUCUUUGACAAGAGAAGAGGUUCUGAUGAGCACAAUAAUUUGGUGAAAACAGCUGGAGCAGGUCCAUCUGAUGCUGUGCAGCCAAACCAAGGCACAGCAGCAGAUUGUUUGUCCAAACUCAAGAAUUUGGCCAUUGUUCCUGGUCUACCCCGACCUCUACUGACGGGGAAUUGGGGCUGUGACAACAAAAUGGGAGACCCACAGCUCAAGUUUCUGCUUCAGUGGCUGGCUGCUAGCAAGUGCAACACUCCCUGUAUGGUGUACUACACUCAGGAUCAUCCAAAACUCAAUCAAGCAGAAGCUGUACUAAACACGCUGCAAUCAUCAGAGUGGACAAUUGGAGAAGUUGUUUGCAUGCUGCUGGAGUACAGCCACGCCCUUCUGGAAUCCCUCCACCAUCAGCAGCAGCAACAGCAGCCAGGAAAUUCGGAAAACUCACCGAAACCGAACCAUCAGGCGAUCAUAUCCGUCGAUUCCCCGGAAACGAACCUUUUUCACUACAUCCUGUCUCCGCAAAGGACCAAGCCUACAAACACUGAGAUGGACACAAAACUUUGAUUCAGAAUUUCUUUUGAGAGAAAAAAAAAAGUAUAAAUAUACAUAUACAUAUAUAUAUAUUGAAAUUGACGCAGUGAAGAAAUAAGAAAUGCCGAAAUUUUUCCAGGAUUCUUUUUCGCAUCAUGAAGA